CUACAGUACCUAGAGUGCCCGAGCAGUGGCAAACUGGCACUUGUUUUCCCCCAAGGAAGCAGGUGGGAUUCAGGCAGGAGAGCAAAUAUGUUUAUUCCCCUUGAAUUUAGGAAGAAGGGGAAGUCACCAUAUAGCUGGAAAGAGAAAAUCAACUCACUGCUGGUACUGUUACACUGGGACUGGAGAGAGGGCUACAUAAUGAUUUAGUGCAGGAGUUAAGGCCUGAGUAGAAGUGCGCUUACAGCAAGGACUCCAAGACUAAUUCUUGCUCUAGUAAACAAAGCCUAAAAUAUUCCACGUUCCUGACCAAGAAUUUUACUGUAUAGGUGUGAUGUUCUAGAGAGCCAAGUGUGGGAAAGAAGAGCUGCACCUCUGAUGAGCUUGAAUGACUCGAGCGUGUCCAGAGAAGGGCAACAGAGCUGGUGCAGGGUCUGGAGCACAGGUGAAACCUCAUCUAGAAGCAAAAGAAGGAAAAAAGUUUGAUGUUUUCACUGCAGUGGAAUUUAAAACUCAAGUGGUUGCUGGAACAAACUACUUCAUCAAGGUCCAUGUUGGCAAUGAUGAGUUCAUGCACCUGCGGGUGUUCAGAAGCCUUCCUCACGAGAACAAGCCACUGAGCCUCCACAGUUACCAGAGCAGCAAGACUAAGCAUGAUGAACUGGUUUUUUUCUAGCAAGCUUAUCUUGUGUGUUUUCCUAAUGGUUCCUUAUGUACAUUUUCUAUAGGCUGCAAAAUGUUGAUUCCAGUGCCAACAAAGGAGAAAAGAAAGUGUCUUUUUAAAAAAAACUUAAUGCUGGAAAAAGUAAUUUCCUUUUAUGUCAUUCACUUACUGUGCAGUAUCCAAAUUCUAGAGUCACGCAGCUCUCCUUUCACCUCCGCUAACUUCAGUGCAACUUAACUGGAAUACUGUGGCUGAGUCCUGUUUGUGGACUUCCUUGGUCUGGGAAUUGAAAGCGGAGUGACAGUAGCACUCAGAUAUUUGCAGCAGGGAGCAAGAGGAAAGCCUGAAUCCUUUCUGUGCUGUUUUGCAGCUGUGAAUUUAUCUGUAAAUGUAAAUUGUGCUAUGUGCUUUAUAUGCAAAGACCUGAAGAGAGACUUGAGCUGAAGUGAUUUUAAAGGAAGAGAAUGAGGGUUAUGGUCUUUUGAAACAAGCAUUCAUUCCCUUGGAAAUCAUGUUUUUUCUCUUGCAGUAGCAGGAGAUAAUGUCCAGUAGAGGGUGUACACGUUUAAAAACAAAAAACAGCUUCUGUACUUUCUGUGUCCUAUGGAAAAGUCCUGGAAAGGAACUUAAGCUGGACGAGCCUUUCUGCAUUAUUAACAAUAAAUAUUUCUCUUGAAUU